AUGUAUGGCAUAUAUUCUAAACACGGCAACGCGACCACAUCAAGCGAAACAUCGGUGGGGACGAACACGGCAACCGCAGCGGCGACGUCAGCGGGACCCAGCAAGGGGCCGCCGCCCGCCGCCAAGUUCCGUCACGGUCUGCUGCAGCUCAUGAUACACACCAUCGAUCCCAUGCAUGACGGCAAAGUGGAUGAGAAGGCGACACAGUUGCACGCGAUAGCUUCCUUAAAGGUGUUGCUGGAGGCGACACGGCCGACAGCUGGUGGUGCUGGUGCAGCCGCUGCGAGACAUUCUGCAGCGGCCGCGCAAGCCAAGGAGACACCGCUAGACCUGCCCAACGGUGGGAUUGCGGACGUCCAGUUAGAUGCUAUAGAAGAGAUUGGAGACCUGGAGGAGGACACGACGCCGUUGGACAUGUCGUGGCCCACAGGGUUCCGCAAGCGAGUAACUUACUUGUUAGUCGCACCCAUUGUCUUCCCACUCUGGAUGACCCUACCAGAUACAAGAACACCGAAAGGGAAAAGAUUUUUCCCGGUAACAUUUAUAGGGUCUAUAGUUUGGAUAGCUUUCUUUUCGUACUUGAUGGUAUGGUGGGCGAAUGUAGCGGGGGCGACGGCCCAUGUGCCUCCUGAGGUGAUGGGACUGACACUCCUGGCUGCUGGAACAUCGGUUCCUGACCUCAUCACGCUACCUCUUCCAUGGCUCCUGUACGGUCUGAUCAACGGCGAGCCAGUCCAAGUCAACUCUAAAGGCAUGGUCUGCAGCAUAGUGCUGCUCUUUGCCAUGCUGCUGUUCGUCAUCCUCAGCAUCGCCUGCUUCAGGUGGAAGAUGAACAAGGGUCUAGGGUUCACCAUGUUCCUUCUCUAUUUCGUCUUCGUGGGAGUCAGUCUCGGCCUCGAAUACGGCUACCUCCACUGUCCGAGCGAAUAG